AUCAAGUUCAGUUAAUAUAAUAAAUAAGUUCAAGAAUCAUGAGAAUCGACGGUAUUCAAACAGCAAAAGUGAAACCAAAAUCCGAAACCAAUCAACAAGUACAUUUAUCGAGUAUUUUCAUGACCAUUAGAAGUAAAGAAAAAAAGUCUUCGAGAGUCUUAAAGAUCAUCUUAUUAUCGAUAACCAUUUUCCAAGGUGGACUCACUUAUUCUGUCAUUCAUAAAAACCUUACGCGAUUCCAAAACUCAAAUGAGGUCAAUAUUUGCUUAUGGCGAACUCUCAAUGGAAUUAAAAAUAUGUACAACUAUCUUUUUCUAAUCUUUGGAUUUCAAUGGCCAUAUCUCGAUCAAUUUUUCUCUAUCUGGUCGAAAACUGAUCUAAACAAUGACCGAGAAACAAUCGAAUUUCUAAUUAAAAGUCGUCGAAUGAAUCGAAUAAUAGUUUGGUCCCUUGCAGCGAUAAACGCAAUGACCAGUGUUCUAUCUUCUUUCAAUUUUGAUGAUCCGUCAACUUGGAAAUCGUUUGAAAAUCUAUCGACAAUUUUAUUCACCAAUCUGGCCCAAAGUACCAUCCAAUGUGUCAUCAUAAGUAUGAUUGCCGAUUUUCUCUUACAAGUGUCAAGUCACAUCGAAGCUAUUUUCAUGUACGUUAAUCGAAACCUCAAUAGUUUAUUGGUAAAUAAAAACUCGGAAUCGUUAACUGAUAAAAUUCAACAACUUCGACAAUUUCAUUUCUAUGGUGAAGAAUCGGUUCGAUUGAUUGAUAAAUUUCUCCAUGGUUAUAUUGCCGGUGUUUACAUAACCAUUGUACCAUUUAUGCUGGUCGGACUUUACCGAUUACUAUAUUUAUCCUCUAGCUUGGUCGAUAUCUUAUUCUCAAUUUUCGGCCUGUUCAUUAGCGUUUCGAUGACAUCCGCUGUUACCUUUAAUGCUGUUAAAAUCAAUACAGUUGCAUCAAAGUAUUUCAAUGUUGUCUACGAGCUUUCAUUUGCUGAUAAAACAUUUGAAUACUACAGAGAGAACUCACUACUCAUGUAUCGAAUGGGUCGUCACGAUAUUGGAUUAACUUUCGCUAAUCUAUUCACCAUAUCACCUUCAUUUGUAACCUCACUUUUGACCCUUUGUAUUACCUUUGUCUUGGCAUUUCCAUCGAUACAUUUACCUGGUCCAAUAGGAUUUUUAGAUGUAUUCGGUGUGAACCCACCAAAUAUCACCCAUUUGAAUAGCCACAGUUGAUGAAAAAUUGUGAGUCUCAAAAGCAAAAAAUCCAUAAUUCAUAAUUGGCGGUUUUUCAUCUUAAUUGUAAAUUUAAUUGUCAACAAUCAGCCAAUUAUUAUCAAUU